AUGGAUGCAUCCAUCCCUCUAUUCGAAAAACCACAUCCGCGUAUGUCGGUCCUAGAUUGGACUAGAAACAUUCAAAGAUUACAGAACGAAGCGAGACUGAGAAGAUUCGAAUCAUAUGAGUUACGGCAGAGGGGCAAUCAGUUGAGGAAUGAAUCUGGUGUCACUACACGAUGGGACAAUUACGUAAACAACGAACUGCUACGAGACAGAAUCUUCGAAGUGGAAUCAUGGCGCGAGAAGCAGAGGUACACGAGGGAGUGCGUCAGAGACGAGAUCAGGGCGCUCAAGGAGGAGAAAAAUGCCACAGAACUCCACCUGGAAUCAUUGCAAGUGCCGCUCAUGGUGUCCCUGCAGUGUUUAUCCAAUAGGGACCAGAGGGUGCCGCCUGAGCUGACCAGAGACCAACUAGGAGAAGAGCUCAAUAAGGAGCUCCAUAUAAUAGAGAACAGCAAGCGCGUGCUAACAGACGCGUGCCACAUGGGGUGGGAGAAGUUGAAGGAACUCACCAACGUGCUUUGCCGUCUCGAGCGGGAAGUUCAGAAUAAAGAUGAAGCGCUGAUGCUGGAGUACCACGUGAAGGAGCUAACUAGAGACAGCGCUAAUAUAUCCCACAAGCUCGACCCGACCAGAGUACCCACAGAGUCUAUGACGGAAGAAAGUUACGUCCACUGCAUAGAGAACACGAUAAAGAUAGCGGAACAGUUGAUGUGUGAGUCGAAAGGUUUACGCGAGAGCAUGUUCAAAGCGCGGGAACAGGCCCGCAACCAGAUGUACGCGCAGUGUCAAACGGUGGAAAUGAUCAUGCGGCGACGAGUGUACGACAUCCAAAGAGCCAGGAACGAGAUGGAGUGGCAGAAGUAUAAGCUGGAAAUAAACCUACAAAAAGUGGAUCGGGAGAUAGAAUCGUUGCGGGCGGCUGUCGCUGACAAGAUCAACCCCACCAAGUUGGUAGAAACACGAUUGGAGACUCGCAAACUGCGACCCGUGCUGGAAAGAGUACAGGAUAAGCCGAUGCGAGGACUGAUAGAGGAAUACGAGAGAGUUCAUAUGAGUACUGCUCAAUUGGAGAAGAAGUUGGAGGAAGCUUUGACAACUUAUCACGGCAUGUACAACCAUCAUCAGCGCGUUACCAAAGACUUGCAGUACAAGAACCAAGCUCUAGAAACGGACAGAAGAUUGGCAGAGAUCAGAAAACCGAUACAUGCACCAGACGAAACAGAAUUCCAAAGGAAUGUUGGGUAUUGCCAUAUGAACGAAGAACUGGCUCAAUAGAAAAUGAGCUUAAAAGUAGUAAUCAUGAGGUUAAAAAUUAAAAAUGCUUUUUAGUAAAGGAAUUGUACAAAAUCCAAGCUCACGAAAUACAAAAACUGGUAAACGCUUUCAGAAUAAUGUUCGGUAUUGCUCCCAUGAGCAAUAUCCAACAUUAUUCGUUGUUUCGUCCAUACUAAGAACUGGUUUAUUAGAAAAUAACCUUAAAAUAAGUAAACGUAAGAUCAAUAAUGCUUUUUAUGAGAUUUUGUACAAAAACCAAGCUCUCGAGGAACAGAGAUAGAGAAUAGGAAACUGUGAAAGGAAAUUAGAAACUUGAUCCUAAGAUAAACUAACGUAACAAAAGUUUAACUAAACUUUGUCACAAUAUUUUAAUGUAAGAUUUCUGUUUGAGAUAAGUUAAAUGUUCCUACCAAAAUACUGUGUUCACUACUAAUAUAAGGAAGUUCUGAAUUACUAAUCUAAUUACAUUGUGUGCUGCAAAAGAAAAAUGAAAAAACAGAUAAUACGACUGUCAAACAAACUGAUGAAAUAAUUAUAUUAGACUGCGGCUUUUUGGACUGAAAAUGAUGAUCUUGAAAGCAAUCACAUAUUAAUGGUUCAAUAAAACUAAGAUACUUGUCAUAUUUAAAAUACGGAAAUACAUUGCGGUAGUUUAUUUGGAAGACAGAAAGAACCCCGUUUUAUUUUCAAAUAUAUAUAAAAUUUCUUC